GAGCAGUUUAUGGUGCAGUAGCACAUGAGGCUAAGAAUAUGGCUCAUGCUUAUACAAUUGCUGGAGAAUAUCUACGUUAUUCAUCUGAUAAUCAUACUUCUUCUGUGCAAAAUUACAUUGUAGUCAAUUAUAGAAAAAGAGGAGUUCCUUAUGAACAAGCAAGAUGA